AUGCUCACCAUAGGAGGCCCCGCCUCUGGGCCGAACAAGGACGACGACUCUGCCGACCAAAUCAAAGAACAGAAUGAGCUCCUCGCCGAGCUUUCUGAUACCAUUGACCACCUAGCUACUGGUUGCGAGAUACUGAACCUCAGACUUGAAGGGCUCACCAAGAACCCCGAUGCGCUCCCGACCAAGCUUGAAUAUAAAGUCUUGGGACAUGUGGUUCAAGACGCGGCGGAAGAUUUUGAACGGGAGAUGGCCAUCAGAGAUGGGGAGAGCGGGCAGGUGGAUCGAAAAAUGGAAUUAUUGGGGGCGGAGAUUAUCAGCCUCAAACGCAAACCAGAUGGGUACGAUGAGGGCACAGGUGCGGCCCGGCAACCUAUGGGAGCAGCUCCUGCCCCGGCUGUCGGCUUGAUUCCUCAUAAAAGGGCUCGCUUCGACCUCGAUUUCCCACCCCAUCCUCAGGCGAGUCCUUUUACCAGCAAGAUGAAGUCGGAACAAGAUGACCAGAACGGCAACAAUGGCGCCAGGCCGACCACCCCUCUACGCUCAAUGCGUGCCUUCCCGGCUGCCCCUCCUGUCCUGAACCCCAAUGGGAUUCACUUUCAGCCCCAGCUGCCCUCCACCCAGUUUGGACCUAUGACCCAGACGUACAUCCCUCCAGUUUCCGACUUUUUGUUUCGAUUCAGUCAUCGAACAGGCGACCGAGUGGUCUUUGAUGUCACCGGUCAAGACACUCCCUUGUGCCAGAUGGGUGGUUAUGCCCUCCAAGGAGGCUACAUGAUGGGUCCUCAGGGACCUGUGGUGUCGUCCCCCGCCGGCGUCACCAUGCCUGCCAUGCCCGCCAUGCCCGGCGCUGGUAUGCCUGCCAUGGGCAUGUUUGGCCCUCAAGGUGGUCCCAUUCUGCCCAGCUUCCCCGGCGCCGGCAUUGCCUACUCUCGGAUGCAGCCUGGCAUGAAUCCGUUGAUGCAGAUGCCGAACGGUCACGGCCACCAAGCUUUCCCUGGUAGCCCAACUCCUGGUGCGCAGCCUCCUCACGUCCACUUUGAGCCUGCCUUGGGCAUUGGCCUCACUCAGAGCGAGCGAUUGGCUGCUGACAUUGAGCAUGCCAAGCAGGAGGGAUGCUUCGAGCCUCAGGACUUUAUGCCGGCCAACAGGGACCCGUACAAGGAGUGGUGGGUGGAGGAGGUGGAUGGCCAUUGGGGUCUCUAUCAGCGUCGUCAGAUUGAUCGGCUCAAGCACAAGUGGUAUGUGAGGGAUGGUUGGUUUUAUGCCAAGCGUCUUGAGGCUCCUCCUGAUGUCUAG